AUGUCAUUCUGUUUUUUAUUUAUUUUCUUUCUAUUUUCGUGGCGGCGGGGGGUCUAUAUUUACAAUCUCUUUCAUUCAAUUCUUUUUUCUUUCUUUCGGUUGCUUCAUUUGUUUACAGAUUUCUUUCUUUCUCGUUUCUUUUUCAUAUUUUCUUUCUGCUUUAUUUUCUUCCGCUUUUUUUCUUUUUCCUUUUCCUUUGUCCAUUUCCUUCUUUGUUUUUUUUUUCUCAUCUUACCUUUUACAUCUCUUAGUAUUUCUUUCUUUUAUUGUUUCUUCUUUCUUCUUUUCUUUGAUUCUUUCAGUUGUGGAGUUAGUAUUUCUUUCUUUUUAUCUCUUCUCUUAUUUCUGCUAUUUUUUCUUCCUUUUCUUCUUUCUCAUUUUCCUUCUUUCUUUUUUUCUUUUUUUUCCUUUACAUCUCUUUUCGAGUUACUAUUUCUUCCUUUAAUGGUUUCUUCUUUUCCUUUUUCUUUUUUCUUCAUUCUCUCUUUUUUUCUUUCUUUCUUUUUACAUCUUUUUUCAGAGAUGAUGACAACUAACACGUUACAAUACCAAAUGUAUCUAUCUAUCUAUCUAUCUAUCUAUCUAUCUAUCUAUCUAUCUAUCUAUCUAUCUCAAUCUGUUAGUAUCUAUCUCAGUCAGUUAGCAUCUAUCUAUCUAUCUAUCUAUCUAUCUAUCUAUCUAUCUAUCUAUCUAAGCCUCUUAAUAUCUAUCUAUCUAUCUAUCUAUCUAUCUAUCUAUCUAUCUAUCUAUCUCAGUCUGUUAGUAUCUAUCUCACCUCUUAAUAUCUAUCUAUCUAUCUAUCUAUCUAUCUAUCUAUUUGCUGGACUUAGAAAACGCCAACUAAAUCCCCUAUUCUUUAUGUGCCGCGGUUGGGAUAUUCACUUUCUAUUUCAAUGUUCGCUUUUAUAUUUUACCCUCUUCAAUUUUUUUACUCUCCAAUAUUUUGUUUCCUUCUUUUUUUCUGAUAUCAUUUUCUUUCUUUCUUUCUUUCUUUCUUUCUUUCUUUCUUUCUUUCUUUCUUUCUUUCUUUCUUUCUCAUAUAUUGUUUUUCUGUCUUUCUUCUAUCCCGUUUUGAUUCUUUCUUUUUUCUUAUAUCUCCUAUGUUUUCUUUCUUUCUUUCUUUCUUUCUUUCUUUCUUUCUUUCUUUCUUUCUUAUAUCUUGUUUUCUUUUUCUUUCUUUCUCGUUUUCAUUAUUUUUUCUUGUAUAGUUUUUUUUUCGUUCAGUCAUUUUUCUUAUAUUUUUCUUAUAUAUUGUUUUCUUUCUUUCUUUCUUUCUUUCUUUCUUAUAUAUUGUUUUUCUGUUUUUCUUCUAUCUUGUUUUCGUUCUUUCUUUUUCUUUCUCAUCGUUACACUUUUUUCUUAUACUUUCUUUGCUAUUGUUUGAAAAAAUCUUUUUACUCCUAUUUUUCUUCUUCAUCAACUUUAUAUUCUUUCACGCAUCCCUUUGAUAUUCUUUCGGUUAAUCCUACUUUCUAUCUUUCAAACUUAUAUUUUCGUAAAAUUCUUCCUUUCGAGUUUUGUAACCAUUUUCAAAACGCCUCCUUUUUUCGGUUUUUCUUUAUUAUUUCUGCAUCUUUUAAUAAUUUAUCUUUGCAUUAA